UGAAUCACAUUGAAACCAAGCUGGGCCAUGAAAACCACCCCCAAAUUCUCCAGUUACUUAAACCCUUCUUCUACUUCUCAUCCUCCACUUAAACCCCCAACUCCUCCGCCAACCAUGGUGGACCCCACCUUCUUCCGCCUCAUAAACCUCCGAUCCCCACCCUCCACCACUGCACACGGCGGCCUUAGACUCUGCAUCUCAGCCAUACACGCGUUGCACUCCCACUACACCACCUCCACCACCAAAGAGCCAAAGCAUUACAACAACAAAAACAACGGCAAAUGGUUCACUUUGCCUCCAUUCACUCCAACUCUAAACGCCGCCGCUUUGGGCAAAGAACUCUCCGCUCGCAGCUCCCAAUCAAAAGCCGAUGUUUCAACCACAGCACUCAAAUGGGUCCUUAAGUGCUGUCCAGACCUACCCAGAAGCCUUGUUCAGAAACUCUUUCGUCUCAGACAGGUACGGAGAGAAUCCAAUACUAUGGAAAGUACUGAUGUAGGUGCUCAAGUACAAGAACCUAGUCUCAAAAGGGUGGCAGCGAAGGACUCAAUGAACGAUGGAGAUCGAAUCUUUCUUCCUAUUACCGUUAAACAAGAGGUUCCCUCUGAGAAACAAAAGUUGUAUUGCAAUGAGGAAGAAGUUAACUUUAUUCGCAGUCUUGUGUUAUAUCAGGAUCCAGCCAUUGUUGUUGUCAAUAAACCUCCCGGGAUGGCUGUUCAGGGUGGCAUAGGCAUCAAAACAAGUUUAGAUGAACUCGCUGCUGCUUGUUUAAGUUAUGACCACUCCGAACCUCCUCGGCUGGUUCACAGACUUGAUAGAGAUAGUAGUGGCAUCUUGGUGUUGGGGAGGACACAAAUUAGUGCGACAGUUCUACACUCCAUCUUUCGUGAGAAAACUUGUGGCGCAAAAGAUGACAUUGACAAUGAAGAAAGAAUCCUGCAAAGAAAGUAUUGGGCACUUGUCAUUGGGUCUCCAAGACGUCCAAAGGGAUUAAUUUCCGCCCCAUUAGGGAAGGUGGUGGUGGACAGUGGAAAAUCUGAUAGGAUCACAAUCAUUGAUAAUCCCCAAAAUAUGUCAACUCAGCUUGCAAUAACAGAGUAUCAAGUGAUUAAAUCUUCGUGUCAUGGUUUCACAUGGCUAGAGCUUUCUCCUCUCACUGGUAGAAAGCACCAGCUCCGAGUACAUUGUGCUGAGGCAUUGGGAACACCGAUAGUUGGAGACCUUAAAUAUGGAUGGCAAGCUCAUAGGAAUUUGAAACAAUUGCCUUGUUCAAUGAAAUCAAAUGAGAAUCCUACCAAGGGGAAGACCGUUCCAUUUGGCCUUGAUUUGGAGAGUGGAAGUAUCUCUGAGAAGCACCCUCACCUUCAUCUUCAUUGCAAGCAAAUGGUAUUGCCCAAUGUGUCAGAGGCUUUACAAAAUGUGCAGUUUUCUUCAGACUAUGAUCUUUCUGAAGUAGAAAGCCUCGAGUUGGUUGCUCCUUUGCCUUCACAUAUGCAAAGAAGUUGGGACAUUCUAAAUUCUUGAGCUACAUUAUUUUGGUUC